AUGAAGCAGUCACUCAUCAAAUAUGUCUUCUGGAUCACUUGCGUAUCACUAUACAGUGCUAGCGCAGCCGACAGCUCUACGGGAACGACAAACGGGGACCAGAUACGAGAUGAAGAACUCCGAGCACCCCACCAUCAGGCAGGAGAGAAAUCACGAUCCCUGAGACAACGAGACACUCUUGCAACUCCAGGCGUUCAAUUUGAUGGGCCUAGGAUGGGUUUGGCGGCGAACCCCCAGGUUUUGACUCAAGACCUUCCCGGAACCAAAACUCGGCGCUCACGACUUGUCCAUCAAGCUCGAGAUGUAGCGGACGAAGAAGCACUGUCGAUCCCUCGCUUGUUCCACAUGGGCUUGGCCGCCAACCCAGAUGUCCUGACUCAAGAUUUGCCACUUCAAGCGGCUCGGCGACGUCGAUCACUCGGAGAACUGGCUCCUUCCUCGACUGACGCCGCUAAUCUACGUCCCGACGCUGCAGCCGUCGAGACAAAUGCAGCACCUUCACCUCCUUUGAAUUUGAACACGGUUGGGCUUGGAAAAUCGGUCAGCCUUCCGCUCUAUCGCAGGGAGAUAUCAGAUGAAGAUAGGGAGUUACAUCCGGAAAUACAUUUCCAAAAACAUCUGAAUCAUGCCAUCAAACGACAUGCCCAUUUUCUACACAAAUCCGUAGACGAAGGGGUCUUGGAAAACAAUCUUCGCAGACGGGCCGAGAGCGUUGGCUGGACAUCCCAAGGAUCAUCAUUUGUCAGGCGAAGUUUGGUAGCUCGACAGCCACAAUUUGAAACUCAGAGUCAGGGAUUCCCUGCAGUUGCGUUCAAUGCGGCAAAGACUGGGGCAAUCACCAAGCCUAUCCCAGUGACUGCUGCCAACUCCCUUGGUCUGCAUAUCGAAGCAAAUGAUGUUGGUUAUUUUGCCGAAAUCCAGGUGGGGACGCCCCCGACCACAUUUAGGGUCAUAGCGGACACCGGCUCUGCUGAUUUGUGGCUCGAGCUGGAGGACUGCCGCAACAUCAAAGACCCUUCGCGUGGAUGCAACCAUCCUGCACUGAAUUCGGAAUCUUCUACAUUCAGACGUACCGAGAACCCGUUCAAAAUUACCUAUGGUACAGGACAAGUUAUUGGCGUUUUGGUAGAAGAAACAAUUAAUAUGGGAGGUAUGAUUCUCAACAAUCACGUCUUUGGAGGAGUAACACGAGCUAGUGACGAGUUUACUGGGAAGAAAGUUCCUUUUGAUGGUCUGUUGGGGACCGCCAAAAGUGUCUUAUCGAACCAAAAGGUAUUGACGCCAAUUGAAGCAAUGGCGAAAGCUGGAACUCUCUCUGGAGCUUUCGUUGGGUACGCCUUGGGGCGAGUCUCCGACUCGGAAAAUAUCGGCCAACUAACUUUGGGAGGGAUUGAUCAAACCAAGUUCAGUGGAAAUCUUACGCUUUUCCCUAACGUGAAUAAAAAAGGCUUCUGGGAAGGCGCGAUGGAAGUGCAAAUCGGAGGGAAAACGAUUCUGACCGAACGAAGUGGAAUAUUGGAUACCGGUACUACUUUGAUGGUCUUACCCGCGGAAGACGCUGCUACAGUGCAUAGCAAUAUCCCCGGAGCUGUUGCCGAUAACAAGGGUGGAUUUCGAAUACCAUGUACUAACACCGUCAAAGUUGGCCUAACUUUCGGCGGCGUCACAUUUGAAAUUAACCCGGUAGACUUGACCUUCCAGCCAGUGGGGAGAAAUCUGAAAGGACAGUGUAUCAGCGGUAUUAGUGUCGGGACAGUUGGUGGCCCUACGCAAUGGUUGAUCGGUGAUGUUUUCUUGAAGAAUGUGUAUUUCGCAACGGAUUUAACCAACGAUCAAAUGGGGCUGGCAGUUAUAAACCCAGUACAACCCAAAACUUAA